AUAUAGAAACAAAACUCCAAGUCGUCAAUCGAUCGAUAUUCAAGGCGAUUACCUAUGCGAGUGUAACAACAACGUGCAAAGGGGUCGGAAACGUUAGUGAAACGCAGUAAAGAACACCUGUCUAGUUUUCUUUUAACUUCCAACAGUACAUGACAUUUUAGAUUUUAAAAAUGGAAGAUAGAACAGAAUUGAGUAGAAGAUUGAAAGCACGAAGAAAUGAACAAAUGAUGAGAAGUCGAACACCAAAAAGUAUUGUCAAAAAAUCGGAAGAAAAAUUGGAUGAUCAAAAUGAUUCUGAUUUACAGAGAGCAUUAUUUAAAGAUAAUCGAUAUUCGCGAAGAAUUUCAAUAAGUGAAAAAAGUCCAAAAUCAUCAGUUAAUGAGAAUAAUAUUGAAAGUGCCGUGGACAUAGAGCCAUUGAUGGAUUUGAAUAAUUUUCAAAAAUUGGGUAAAGAAAUUGUUCGUCCUGCACGACCGUCAUUAAAACGAACAAUAAAUGUUCAAUCAUUGGAUAUUGAGUCUGCCGAAGAUUCAUCAUUAAAAACAGAAUCAAUGAAUGUUGUUGUCGACGUUCAUUGUGAAAAUGAAGUUAGACCACGAAGUUCUCGAAGAAAUUCCCAAAAAUCACUUUCACCAUUUCGAAAAACUGCAUUUAUUAAUACAGAAGAAAAUGCAGAGAAAAAUCAAAAUGACAACAUUUUUAAUAAAUCGUUCAAGAAACAAGAAUUUAAGUCCGAACAAAGUAACAGGAAUUCAGAUCGAAUACAAGAACUCAUAGAAUUACCAUCAAAGCUUCAAUCGCAAGAUGUUCGUUCUAAAAAAGCAACAAUAGAUUUGACAAGAGAUGAGAAAUUGGCAAAAAAAAAUAAUCGAGGAAAAAAAGAUGAAAACAAAUCUUCUGAAUCUUCUGCACAAGGACCACGACCACGAAAACGUUGGUCGAUAUUGGAAACAAUUUAUUUGUCCGAUGAUGUUAAAAAAGGAAAAAAACCAUGGUCAGAGGAAGUUACAUCCGAUGCUUUUUGGCAAGAACAAGCAAAAUGUUCAUGGGAUACUUCAUCAGGAAAAGAAGAUACACCAAAAAAUUCAUCUCGCAAAACUCUCACAAAGAAGGAGCAGAUUAAAAAACCAGUACCAGCACCUCGUUCAAAAAGUCAAAAAUCGAUUACAGCUUCUAAUAUGGCUUUUGACAAUGAAGCAUUUUCAUCAGAACACGAGGAGGUUCUACGAAUCGAGACAAAUCCAGAGAAUAGAAAAAUAAAAAUGAGUUUAGAAACAGUCGGUGUAAAAAUAGAUGAAAAAUCAUUAUCAAAAAGACCUAAAAGUGCAUCAAAGUCAAUUAAUCGAAAAACAGAAAGAUGUUCAUCGGAAAAAUCAGAGAGUUCUGAUUUCGAUUCAGAUGAUCGUUGUUUACGCCGACGAAGUAGAACACCGGAAAAAAAAUUAAUUCCCAAUAAUUCAGAAGAUGAACCAUCAUCAUCAUCAAUUUUAAGGAAAAAUAGUUUCACAAUAACAAAAGUAAUUCGAGAUUCAAAACAACGUCGAAAGAGUGGCAGCGAGGACACAUCAAACAUGGACAAUGAAUCCAGUAUUUCGCAAACUAGUAAACGAAAUAUAAAAAGUCGUCGGAAUUCUGAGGAGAUUUCAUCUGACGUUGAAAAUUCUCAGAAAUCCUCAUCUAAACAUAAAAUGCAAAUAAUACAUUCAAAAUAUUCUGGUCAGGAAACAUCGUUGUCAACAAACGAAGAGAGCGAUAUCGACCAGGAUCAAGUAAAUCAAUCAACUCUGAAAAAAAUGGCAAAAAUUAAUAAAAAAAAUCAUAAAAUCUCCCAUGAUGAAAGAAAUAAUCAAAUUGAAAAUAUCAAUGAUAAACGACAAAUUGAGAAGAGAAAAAAAAGUGAAUCAUGUAGAAGUAGAACGAGUUCUUCCACUAGGGGAAGAGAAUUUUUAGGUGAAGAAAUGGGGCGAAAGAAAAAAAAGAAAAAGAAAAAAAAGAAAGAUGAACAAAAAGAAAUUAAAUUUAUAUCAAUUAUUAUUCAUGGUACUGAUGUUUUAGAAAUUGAUUAUAUUACAAGGCAUCCAAUGGUGAAGGUUCAUAUUGUCAAUGCAAAUACGGGAAAUUAUUUAAAAAAUAUUGAGAAUAUGGAAAAAAAUGAAAAAUCAUAUUUACAACCUGUAAUAACGGGAAAAUUUGAUAUUAAAGAACACAGAUCAAUUAAGCCAAUAUGGGAGGAAGAAUUAAUAUUUGAACAUGAUUUUGAUGAUAUAUUAAAAACUGAAGAUGAGCAAGUGUUAAUUUUUUUCGAAAUUCUUGAUCUUUUAUCUUUCUCUGAAGCUAGUUUAAAUUAUAAUCAAUACGGAAGCGAAGGUUGCUGGCACAAAAUCGCCUGGGCAUUUUUGAGACCAGUUGGAACUGUUGGACUAUUGCAUAUUAAUAAAAAAGUUAGACUCCAAUUAUUUAGACCGCGAAGAAGUAUUAAAAAAUUAGAAAGAAAACAAUGCGAGGUUUACGCUUGGUGGAAAUCGAAGAAACGUGAAAAAUAUCCAAGUAGUCUUUACGUGACAGUAUCAGCAGUGGAUCCACCAAUAAUUGAACCUGUUUAUUAUGAACAAUUAACAUUAAAUGAAUUAUCCGAUAUUCACAGUGAUAUUCCAAAAUCACCACAAAAAAUUUCCGAUGAAAUAAGUCUUCCAAAAUGGUCGAGGCUAACUGCUCAAUCCUGUAAAAUACCAAAUAAAUUAUUAUUUCAAAGUGAAUUAUUUGACAAUGGCUCAUUCUAUUUAGCCUUCAGUAAUGAUGGCAAAUUUUUAGCAUGUACAGCGUCUGAAGAAUAUGAAUUUCCCAUUAUUGUUUACAAGGUGGAUGAGAAAAAAAUUAAUGUCAAAUUUAGUGGACAUAAAAAUUUUGUCUAUUCAUUAAAUUGGUCGCAGGAUGAUCGUUAUUUACUAUCAGUGUCUUCAGAUCAAACUGCUCGUUUAUGGGACGUUAAUGAAAAAAUAGUUCAACACAUUCAAUUAUUACCACAUCCAUCAUAUGUCUAUUGUGGAAAAUUUGAUCCAGCCAAUUCAUCAAUAGUAAUAACGGGUUGUUAUGAUCAUAUUGCAAGAGUUUGGGCAAUAAACAAAAAUUCCGAAACCUAUGAAUUAAUACAAGAAUUAGAAGUUCAUGAAGGUUUUGUUAAUUCAAUUUGUUUUCAAAAAGACGGAAGUUUAUUGACAGCUGACAGUGUGGGUGUGAUUAUUCUUUGGAUUAUAAAAAAAAAUCGUAAAGGACCAUUAAAAAAAGAAUGGCAAGUGGGAAAAAAAAUUAAAUUAGACGAAAUCGAAGGAAUACCAAUUAAUACAAUUGUUCUACAUCCACGUGGUUCGAGACUUCUUGUUCAUUCGAGAAAUAAUGGUUUAAGAUUAUUGGAUCUCGCAACUGGCGUUGUACUACAAAAAUACGAAGGUCUUGAAAAUAGAAGAAUACAAACGGCAGCCUGUAUAUCUCCAUGUGCAACAUUAGUUUUUUGUGGAGGUGAAGAUGCAACACUUAAUGUUUGGAAUUUAGAAACUGGAAAACAUUUAGCUAAAUAUUCAAUUCGUGACAAUUAUAAUACAGUAUCGUGUGUCGAUUAUCAUCCGUACGAUCAUGUUCUUGCUUUUUCGACUUUUGGUAAUGCGGCUCCAUUCAAACUUUUUAUAUUCGAUAAAGAUGCAUUAGGCGAAGAAAUUGGACUUCAACUUUUGAUAAAUACAAAAUCAACAAUUCUCACAAAUCAUGAGACUGCUGUUCAUUCAUUAGAAAAUUCACGAACCAAAACAUUGUGGAGUACAUCGACAAAAAGAAGAAGCCUCGAGGAUUCUAUUAUAAAUCCACGAACAUUCAAUUCUGGUGAAUCUUCAUUUUUACCUAAAUUUGGAGGAUCCACAGGUAAUUUAAUAAUUUUUUCUUUUUAUACAAAUGAUUUAUCACAAAAAUUGAUAAUUUUUUUUGCCAAUUUGUAAAAGUAAAUAAAUAUAUAAAUUUACAAAAAAAAAAAUUAGAAACAGUAGCUUUUAG